UAUUGUCUUUGGUACUGAAGCUUGAAGGCAAUACUGUUGCACAAUGGGCUCCAUCGGUCCAGUGAGCACAGAAGUUUGCUGUGACAUAUUCAGGGAACUGAGAAGCCAGAGUGUCCAGGAGAAUGUCUGCUACUCCCCUCUGCUCAUCAUUUCAACCCUCUCCAUGGUCUACAUAGGUGCAAAAGAUAACACCAAGGCUCAGAUAGAGAAGGCUAUCCACUUUGAUAAAAUCCCAGGAUUUGGAGAGAGUGCUGAAUCUCAGUGCGGCACAUCUGUGAGCAUCCACAAUUCACUUAAGGACAUCUUUACCCAAAUCACCAAACCAAGUGACAAUUAUUCGAUUAGCAUUGCCAGAAGAAUUUAUGCUGAAGAGAAAUACCCAAUUCUGCCGGAAUACAUACAAUGUGUAAAGGAACUGUAUAAGGGAGGUUUGGAAUCUAUUGACUUUCAAACAGCUGCAGAAAAAUCCAGAGAGAUCAUAAAUUCCUGGGUUGAAAGUCAGACAAACGGGACGAUCAAAAAUAUCCUUCAACCAAGCUCUGUCAGUUCACAAACUGACAUGGUCCUGGUCAGUGCCAUCUACUUCAAAGGACUGUGGGAGAAAGCAUUCAAGGAAGAAGACACCCAAACAGUUCCUUUCAGAAUUACUGAGCAAGAAAGCAAACCUGUGCAGAUGAUGUCUCAGAUUGGUACAUUCAAAGUGGCAGAGAUCCCUUCUGAGAAAUGCAGGAUCCUGGAGAUUCCAUAUGCCAGUGGGCAGCUGAGCCUGUGGGUGCUGUUGCCUGAUGACAUCUCUGGCCUGGAGCAGCUUGAGACCGCAAUCACCUUUGAAAAUCUCAAGGAGUGGACCCGUUCUAGUAAGAUGGAAGAGAGGAAAAUCAAAGUUUAUCUCCCCCGCAUGAAGAUUGAGGAGAAGUAUAACCUCACAUCCGUCUUAAAAUCCUUGGGUAUCACCGACCUGUUCAGCUCAUCAGCCAAUCUCUCUGGCAUCUCUGCAGCAGACAGCCUGAAGGCAUCUGGAGCAUUUCAUGAGGCAUUUGUGGAGAUCUAUGAAGCAGGCAGUAAGGAAGCAAGCUCAUCAGGAACUGGGAUAGAUGACACAAGUGUCUCUGAAGAGAUUAGGGCUGACCACCCUUUCCUCUUCUUGAUCAAGCACAACCCAAGUGACAGCAUCUUGUUCUUUGGCAGAUGCUUUUCCCCUUAAAGAGAGGAAAGCUGAAAGAGCUUCUGUUCCUCACAGCAAGACCCAAAGUGCUGCAGUAUCAAGGGUAAAAAGAAACACAAACUUUCUCUUUUAUCCAUAUUUUCUAAAACCAGAAGGCUUUAUUUAAUUAAAAAAAAAAAAAAUUUGACCCAAAGAAAGCAUGAGCAUUAACAGAAAUGUUCUUGGUGCAAUUUAACAAUAAUAAUGCGGAAUCAUCACACUGAAAAAACACAUCACUUUUUUUUGGAAAAAAUGCAGUCUUCUAACUGAACCAGUUUCUCUAUGGACACAUUUUUGUGGUGACUCCUCUGGAAAAAGUCACUCAAAAUUUCCUAGAUUAAACUACUACCAACCAUACCUACUCUGACAAAGCAAUUGAUUUUUAUUUCUACCCCUGAUACUGUAAGGCUCUUCCUCACUUUAUAAAGAUGCGUUAUAGGAAUCUUAUAAUUGAUAUUUCUUCUUAAGCCUUUUUGGAUCAAUCAUGGCAGGUAUGGAUCAAGUAUGGCAGGUUGCUAUUGAAAUUUUCUCCAUGUAUCCUAUCCCUGUAUAUAAUGGGUCUUGAGGAUGUAUACUUU